GUCAUAUCCGUCCUCGAAGAGAUAGAUCUCUUCACGACGUCGGCGAAUACGAAAUGUAUACAUUUCAUAGGAGUUUGUCUUGACCCUUUAUUCUACCAACUGUUAGCCAAACUUAACUUUGGACGUUGAUUGUCUUGCGAGGCGUUAAGGUCUCGUUUUUUUAUACUGCCUCAAGUGCUUAGCAAACAACUCCUUUCCUUUGGCUCACUGUAGCAAACGUUGUUACCCCUGUCGAAGAUCGGAGUUACCUAACAACUAAGUUUUCCCCUUUUUUCGACUAACUACUGGGCACCUACCCAUCGUAGGUUUGCUUGCUUUCUCUAUAAAUACUCAGGUAGCCUCCUCUAAGUAAUAAACUUAUGCAUCUCAUAUAUACUCUCGAUAUUACACUUACGUACUCACUUCAGAUAUUAUUUGGCGAUUCGAUACUUGCAGAAUCCCAUCAUCCAUCAACCCUUCACAUCCCCCCCCAAAAAAUCAAUGGACACCCGUCAUAAACGUCUAUCUGUCGAGUGGGUUCUCGAAAGUUUUAGCGAGACACCUGCCGAUUCAACAAACAUGACGUUGCCCAAUACCAAGCCUCUGAAAAGCCACGAGGCCGAUCCAGAAAAUCAAACAUUGUCAUCGCAGACUGAGAACAGCCCUGCAAUGGACUUCGCAUCACCUACCCAAACGCCCGAAGAACCCCAACCACUACGGUUGGAAGCUCUCGACAAAGGCAGCUUGAUAGCAUCACUUCAGAAGACUGUCCGAGCACUACGGCUACAGCAACCACGACCCAAACUCGAGGUUAUUGUACCUAAAGAUGCCAAGUAUACCAACGGUUCAGAAGCGCUAGACAUGGUCAGAAAAUGCCCCGAGGCUCUCAACAAUGACAUCAUCCGAGGAGCUCUUGACCGAACUCUCGACUCUAUAUGGAUGAAGAUUUACGCGGCGCCAUCAUCGUAUGUCAUGACACGGGACGAGUUCUCCAUAUUCAACUUCUUCCGCCACAGGGACGCGGAGUUGGGACGAGCCGAGCUGGCGAUGGAGGCCACACGGCGAUACUGGGAUAACCUGGACGUACCCCCCGAGAACGCAAGCACAUACGUAAACCUCCCGGAGUACGAUACACGAAGGGUCCCAACGUACCUUACAGAGUACAAUGUAUAUUACACAUCAUAUGAAGGAGAGAACGGUCCGGUGCCGGAGAUCCUGGUGCAGUACACAAAUCCUAAUCAUGCCGGUCCGACGGAAGACCCGCAAUACCCUACUGAAGAGUUUCGACGACACAGCAUAUCGUAAGAUCGGUAUAUACCUUAGUGUAUAUAACAAGAGUUUCGGGGAUGGAUACUCUACACGGUUCAACCUGAUUGGUUCAGCUGUUCUUUUUUCUUUUCUUUCCUUUUGAAUCGAGCAGGUUAUACCCCAAGCGUUAUUAUGGUUAUGGUGGCGAGGAUUCCGAUUUGUUUCGGGAGCGGGAUUUCGAGAAAGAAGGGGGUUAGGAGAUGGGAGUAAUCAUGGUUAUUUAUGAAUAACCUUGAAGAUGCUCAGACUGUAUUAUAUUGGCAGAGGAAGAACAUGACUACCUAGGAGGUAGAUAAAUUGUAUAAAUUGUGUGAUAAAAGAAUGCUGCCUCCUUUACAUUUCUCAGCUUUGUGGAGUAUUAAUUACCACGUGAAUCUUGGACAUGCCUACCUAACAUUCGCUUGAGUAGUCAGUACGGAAUGUGAUGAUGAAAU